AUGGAGGAUAAGCUUCGUAUGUGUAUUCUGGACUUUAAAGGACAAUGGGAUGAUCAGCUACCUUUAGUGGAAUUUGCCUAUAAUAACAGCUAUCAUUCAAGUAUCAGGAUGGCACCUUAUGAGGAGCUAUAUGGUAAAAAGUGUAGGUCCCCUCUGUGUUGGACAGAAGUUAGAAAGGAAAAGGUACACGAUGUAGACCUAGUGCAGUACACUUCAGAGAUGAUCCUUUUGAUUAGAGAACGAUUGAAGAUGGCCUUCAGUAGACAAAAGAGCUAUGUAGACCUUAGGCGAAAGGAUGUAGAGUUCGCAGUGGGUGAUUAUGUAUUCUUGAAGGUCUCCCCAAUGAAAGGAGUCAUGAGAUUAGAGUUACCACCAAGCCUUUCUCAUAUCCACCCAGUAUUGCACAUCUCCAUGCUGAGGAAGUAUGUUCCUAACCCUUCACAUGUGCUGCAACCAGAUGUAGUAAAGUUGAAUGAGAACCUGACCUUCGAGGAGCAGCCUGUAGCCAUAGUGGACUAUCAGAUGAGGCAGCUCAGGUCAAAGCAGAUCCCUAUGGUUAAGGUUUUAUAG